UACUGUACCUCUAUCAUCGUUUCGAUAUACAUUUUUUUCUUGCUCUUUAAAACAGCUGUGGACGACAUAUUUUUACAGUUCUUAUCAAAAUCAGAUUGAUCCGGGAACAGUGAAACGUUCAGUGUAACAUUAAAACAUAUCAAAGUGAUACAGGAACGGUUUUUUUGUUGUUAAACCCAUGACUGAGUUUUUUUUUGGUCUCUUUAAAAGAAAUGUUAUCAAUGAGUAGUAGGAAAUCGAAUUAAUAACAUAUCCGGAACAUUAUAGCUACAUAUACAUAAAAUAGUGCGUGGAGACUUUCAUCGCAGAAAAAAGUGUUUAAGAAACACGUUAUUUGCCAUUAACAUUUUGUUUACUAAAACAAUUUGACUUGUUUUUAACUUUGUUCGAAAACAAAGGCAAAAUUUUAACGAAAAUAGAAAACAAUUUUUUUGUUUAAAAAAAAUGUUGCCAGAAGUUGUUGCGAAUGCAGAACAUGCUCGCCUUCUCGAGGAUGGACCUGCAAUACCAGUUAGAUAUGGAUCACGAGUAGUGGAAACUACUGAAAAUAUGAAUAACGCACACAUACCAGCGAGAAAGUUGCCACAGUACGUUGCUGCUCUGGCAGCAACCGGAGGUGCUCUUGCUGCGGGUACACUCUUGGGAUGGACAUCGCCAACCGAAUCUCUUAUCGUCGAUAAAAAUGGUACCGAGGCAAAAGAAUAUGGUUUCGUUGUUGGCGACGAAGCCUGGUCCUGGGUUGGUUCGUCCACUACCUUGGGUGCGGCAAUCAUGUGUCUGUUCAUUGGAACAAUUAUCAACUUAUGCGGUAGGAAGCUGACAAUGCUGUUACUUGUCAUUCCGUUUACCAUUGGAUGGGCUCUCGUGAUAUGGGCAUCGAACAUUGCCAUGCUUAUUGUCGGUCGGACGCUGUUAGGUAUAUCUGGCGGAUCGUUUUGUAUAUGUGCUCCGAUGUACAUUGGCGAAAUAGCACAAAAAGACAUUCGUGGCACAUUAGGCACAUUUUUCCAAUUGAUGUUGACGAUUGGUAUACUUUUCGUUUAUGCUGUUGGAUCCGGAGCGAGUGUAUUCGUGCUGAGCAUUGUUUGUGGAUGCAUUCCAAUUAUCUUUGCCGUCAUAUUUGUGUUCAUGCCAGAGUCUCCCUAUUACUGGGUUUCGAAGAAACAAACAGAAAAGGCGGUUGCAUCGCUAAAGUGGCUGAGAGGUGACAAUUACGACUACAACACCGAAUUGCAAGAACUUCAGUCCGAACACGAGGAACGUGAAAAUUCAAAGAUUUCGUUUGCUGCUGCCUUCGCAAGGAGAACAUCAGUCAAGGCUCUGAUCAUUAUGUUGGGACUGAUGUUCUUCCAGCAAAUGAGUGGCAUCAACGCUGUCAUCUUUUACACCGGUUUCAUAUUCGACAGAGCAAAUACUGGCAUUCAAGGAUCGAUUGCUACCAUAAUCGUAGGUGUGAUGCAGGUCAUCGCUACAUUCGUAUCAUCGAUCAUUGUUGACAAAUUGGGACGUCGCAUUUUAUUACUGAUCUCCGUAUCUGUGAUGGCUCUGUGCACGAUCGUAUUGGGCAUUUACUUCUAUUUGAGCGAUCAAGGAAAUCCCAACAUCGACAGUCUCGGUUGGUUGCCAAUUGUAGCAAUGUGUGUGUUCAUCGUUGUUUUCUCGUUGGGCUUCGGACCUAUUCCAUGGUUGAUGGUCGGUGAAAUCUUUCCUGCUGACGUCAAAGGUUUGGCAUCGUCGAUCUGUGGAGCAUUCAAUUGGGCUCUUGCAUUUGUCAUUACGAAAACAUUUACGAAUAUCCGUGAGGCCAUUGGUAUCGGUGAGACAUUCUGGUUGUUCUCUGCCUUUUCGGUGGUUGGAACAGUGUUCGUAUUCUUUGUGGUGCCGGAAACGAAAGGCAAAUCACUAUCAGAUAUUCAGAAAAUGUUGGCUGGUGAAAAGCCCAUCAACAAUGACUCAGAUAAUCAUGGCGUUAUGGACGCUAAAUUGUAAACUUUGUUUUUGAGAGAAAGAGAAAAAAGAACAAAAAUAUUUUCAGUUCGUUUUGUUUUUUGUACACAUUUUUAAUGAACAAAAGAUUGAAAUUUUUGUAUUUAUUUUGAUAGUCAUGAUAUUUAUGAUUAAUUUAUAUGUUUUAAGUAACACUCUUCAUAAAGAGCAUUUUAAAAAAAGUUUUAAUAUUUUUUUUUAUUUGUUAAUUUUUGCCCGUUUUUUCAUUUUUAAUUUACUUAGACGUACUGUUUAUUUUCUGAAUUUUAUUCACGUUAAGCUAAAAUAUAAAAACAAAUUUGAUUCAACAUUGAACAAAAUUUUUAUUUUAUUUUUUUUUUUUUACUUUUUUCCAGCUUCAAUUUAGUAAUGAUAAGUGAAAAUUUGUUUUGCACUGAAGUUUCGACGACAUAGGUAUCGACAACUUCCUGUAGAAACGGCGAGUUCCUGAAGAAACGACGACUAGUCAACGUUUCAUCAGGAAUAAAUCGUUUCUUCAGUAAGUCGUCAACACUAACAUGUUGUGGACAUUUCAGUGCAAUAAAAUGGGCUCACUGAUUCAUAUAAUAAUUGCGAACCCGCGCUGGCCCGUUGAGAAUUGAUGUUGAAUAAUGAAAGUGUUAGGUCGGUUAUAUUAUGUUAUAUGAAGUUAAUCCAUUGAUGAAGUGAAUUUUAAGUCAUGUUUGUUCUGUGCAUGGUAGUACAGUUAACGUCCACCGAAUUUGUAUGUACAUUUUGUCCAGCUGUUCCACUCAUACAAUCACACUGAGAAACCUAUAUCAGCGGUGUCUUUUUACGGUUGAAUCAGUUGGUUAAAGACACAGAUUUGGUUGACAUUAUCUGUAGUUUCGUUAAAAUUAUUUUAAGUUAUUUCUAUGCACUGGUCAUCUACAAGAUACGGUACUUUCAAACGUAACCUCACCUUAGUUUUGUUAAAUGUUUUAUCAUAGCACUGAGCCAAGCACUCGAACAGAUUUUUCAAGUGGGGCCUGCGUAUGCAACAUUAGAGACAUUAGAUUAAAUUUCCCCGCAUUCACUUGAAAUGUGCCGAAUCCUGACAUUUUGUUUAAAUGUCAGCCCUUUUAAGUGAGGGCGUUAAGAAAUUCGCUAGUGCUUGGUUCAGUGCAUGUCUGAAAUGCUCCCAGUCAGUAACCUCGCUGGUUUCGACAAAGAAAAAUCUUAUUUGAUCAUUUUAGUAUUUUUGAUUUAAAUGCAAAAGGAAUUCGAAAAGUACAAACUAUUUUCUGACACCCACUCUCUAACUCCCCCACAUUUUACAAUUGUAGAUUUCUGAUUAAAAUGUUUUUUUUUUUGCUUUGUUUUCUAUCACUGAAUUGCUGUCAAUUAUAUAUAUUCUUGCGGUGAAUUUUGAAUUAAUUUUUCCCUAAAUUUUCUGUUAUACAAAUUAAUGUCUGACAGGAGACUUGUUGAAUUAUUGAAGAGUCUCUGACUGAAACGUAAAUGCAGAAAUGAAGCAUUUCUGAUUUUUAGCGAUCUAUGCUUUUUUAAGGAGCCGAAGCAUGGAAAACUUGGAAAACUAAUUAGUUCUAAGUUCAUUUUUUCUACAGUGAAGAUAUUAGAACCAAAAUCCUUAGUUUUUUUCUUAAAAUAGUCUGAUUAGUCACAACAUUCUUAGAUUAUCGAUUGCAAAAUAAAUUUUAUAGACUUGACUUAGACAAACAUUCGCGUUGAAAACAUCAGCAUAGUCGAUUUGAAAUUCAAAGAAAGAGAAAAUUAUAUAGGAAAUUCAUUGUUGCCCUUAGUUGACCUUUAACGUUUUCCCGAUUUUUGUAUUAUACUUAACAUGCUCGGAAAUGCAUUGUUCAGAAUUGAAAUGAUAAACAUUCCAAUUAUUAAUUCCUAAUUCGUAAAAGAUAUAUCAGAAAAUCAAAGAUUUUAUUUAGGUGCUUUUAGAGCUCUAAUUCUGAAUAAUGGACCAGACCGAACGAAAUGCUUAAUCAAUGAAAUACAAACGAUUUCUGGGCACGGAAUGUAUAUUACAUGAAAGACUAUUAAAUACGUUACUACAAUUAUAGAUUGCAAUUAAAUAAAAAUUUCAUUAGUGAACUUGUUGAUAGGCAAAGCAAAGAUAUUUAGUGAGAAAAAUCAUUUAAAUUGAGAACAAAAAAUAAUUUGCUAAGAUAUACACACUAAUUAAAUGCCCAAAAUAUAUUUAAAAAUUAAUUAAAAUUUAAAAAAUAAAAUUCCUACACCAUGUAGAACAAGGCAAGGAUGUAUAUUUUGUGUAAAUCUCCUUGUCUCGGCUAAGAACAUAAUUUUAUUCAUAAUUUCAUGAAUAAUGAUAAUUUCAGAAAAAUGUUAUUUUACUUGAAAAUGUAGGAUUCAACCGUUUUUUUAAUAGAAAAUUUACUGCUAAUAAUACCAAGAUGUUGUUCUUGUUUCUCAGCAUAUCAAGAAGUAUUUCAGUCAACCAUUAAAACAAAUGACAAAAUUUUAUUUUUAUUAUACAAAGAGAAUAUUGUUAAAAAAGAGAGAAAAAAUAUAUAUUUAAUAAGACUACCCAUGUGCACUGUUGUACUAGAGCAAAUACCCUAAGCUAUAAAAAAUAUGUUGACAAAUAAAUCAAUAAUUAAAUAAAGACAAAAUGAAAAGCAAA